AUGCGUGGUGCCAUUAAUUGCACCGCGAUGAAGAGCAGCCUAUCCUUUGUCGUCUUUGUUGCUGAUGAAAACAUCGCCAUUUUUCUGGAGGAUGGAAACAACUUCUGCGUCGCUUGCUUCAGCAGCAUACAUCAGUGGUAUCAAAUCCAUGUAAUUAACAACACCUGGAAUGGCUCCAUGAGAAAGAAGGUAGUUGAGGACACAAACUUUGUCUGA